CCUCUGACUCUCACCUCCAUUUCCCAAUUGCUUCUGCUGUUGAGAAGGAGGAAGGGUAAACACACCAAACAUCAUUCACGGCCUCCAAGGGCAUUCUACCAACCACCAUGGCCUCCCGAAAAGCUAUUCUGGCGCUGUCAAUUCGAGCUGGUAUCUCUCGAACACCCACCGCUCUGCUCGCGCGCCAGCAAUUGCGGGCAGAAUCCACGGCUUCAUCCACCUCGGCUCUAGCAUACAAAGCGCUACAUAAACGCAUCUACCCUCUCCCCAAAUCCGAUUCCCCUCCUUCGUGGUCCGCCCAAGCCGCCGUCUCCAACAUUCUCUACGAAACUCCCACUCCCUCCGCUACCCCUCCAAAACGUCACAUCCUCAACUGCCUAGUACAAAACGAACCCGGAGUCCUCUCUCGCGUGUCCGGAAUUCUCGCAGCUCGAGGUUUCAAUAUCGACUCUUUGGUAGUAUGCCAUACCGAAGUCGAGGACCUGUCCCGGAUGACAAUCGUCCUAUCAGGACAAGACGGGGUAGUAGAGCAAGCACGACGCCAAUUGGAAGAUUUGGUCCCCGUAUGGGCAGUUUUGGACUACACCACCGCACCUCUAGUCCAACGAGAACUCCUCCUCGCAAAGAUCAACAUCCUUGGCCCUGAAUACUUUGAAGAACUACAAGCUCAUCACCGAGAAAUCACCGCCAACGAGGGAGAGACUUUGGAGGAACAGGAAGAAUGGGCACUCCGACGGUCAUCAGAGUCCAAGAAGCAGGGCGAGGAUUUCCAUCCCAGUAAACUCGCGCUUUCGGAGGCUUUAAGACAUAAACAUGAGCAUUUGAAAUCCAUCACGUAUUUCACCCACCAAUUCGGCGGUAAAGUCUUGGAUAUCAGCACAACUAGUUGCAUUGUCGAAGUGUAAGUACUCCAUGACCUCACCAAAAAUAGUAGCAUGCUAACAAGCUCCCACAGCUCAGCAAAACCCGUCCGAAUCGAUUCCUUCAUGAAACUCAUCUCCCCCUUCGGAAUACUCGAGUCCGCACGAACCGGUCUCAUGGCCCUACCCCGCUCCCCCCUCUACGGCGCCAACGAAAGCGAGCUCAUCAAAGACGCCGACGACAUCGUAGAUGCCAGCACUCUCCCACCAGGAUAAAUGAUUUCAAAUAGUAGAACAGCUUCAACUCACGUAAAAAACACACAUCUGUAUUUGGUGCACGGCGUUGAUGUCAUUUUUCCAAGAUAAGGGAGGCACAAUCUUCGGAUGUUUGUAGAGAUAGACUGGGUGGAUAGUAGCUGACUGAACCUUUGUGUCUAUCUAAUCUAUACAUUUGAGAAAAAACAUGAAACCCUUCACAUUCGCU